GUGCGGGGGGGGGGCAGGGCUUCGCGCGGGGCGGGGCGGGGCCACUCGGGGUCCCGCUGGGGCUCGCGGCUCCGCACAUCGCCCCGUACGGUUCUGAGAGCCGCAGUUAAAAGCCGGGGGCCAGGGGAAGGGGGUGCAGAAAAAAUAUUAUCCGACUCGGUGCCAACGGGCUGCGCGUCUCCUCUUAUUACCACGGAGAUUAUGAUGUCUUUUCCAGUUGGCGUUUGAAAAAAAUAAAAUAAAAUAAGACGUCAGUGAUAGGGAGGAGAGACGGUGGGGGAAGGCCGAAGGGCAAAUUCUAUUGGAGAUCCAGCGGAUUCUCCUUGUCCUUGAAGGCCAGAAAAGGGGCAAGGGUCAGUGGAAUCUCCUGCCUCCGUUUCCCCCUCCCCUCCCAGAACACACACUCUCCAGGAUGAACUGGGGAGUCAGAAACACGGGUUCAAAUCCCGUCCCGGACAAACAAUAGCUCUUGAUCGUGGUCUUCAUCUAACCUGCGUCAGCCUCAGUUUCCUCAUCUGUAAAGUUAAUCAUGGGAGUCAAGAAUCAAAUGAGAUAUAGCGUAUGUGAGCUAUCCGAGGAGCUUUAAAGCGUUAGCCGAAUUCCCCACAGCCAGCGGCUGUAUCGCCCUCACUAAGUAACUUGACUUCUAAGGCCUUCAUAGGGCUCACCUGUAAAAGGUGGACAAGAUGGUCUCCCGGGGCCCUUCCGUCCCUAGACACUGCUACCCCGCCCCAUUCCAUCAAAAAAACAAGUUUCCCGAUUGACCUGGCAAUGACCCGCUGUUUGUCUUGUCUGUCCCUCCCCCGCGGCCCCCUCCCCACCCCAGGGCUCCGGCUUCCAGUCGUCCCGGAGGGAAAAAUACGGCAACGUCUUCAAAACCCACUUGUUGGGGCGGCCGCUGAUCCGCGUGACGGGCGCGGAGAACGUGCGCAAGAUCCUCAUGGGCGAGCACCACCUGGUGAGCACCGAGUGGCCGCGAAGCACGCGCAUGCUCCUGGGCCCCAACACCGUGGCCAACUCCAUCGGCGACGUCCAUCGCAACAAGAGAAAGGUUUUCUCCAAGAUCUUCAGCCACGAAGCUUUGGAGUCCUAUCUCCCCAAAAUCCAGCUGGUGAUCCAGGACACCCUGCGGGCCUGGAGCAGCAACCCCGAGGCCAUCAACGUGUACCAGGAGGCGCAGAAGCUCACCUUCCGCAUGGCCAUCCGCGUGCUCCUGGGCUUCAGCAUCCCCGAGGAGGAUCUCACCCACCUCUUCGAGGUCUACCAGCAGUUUGUGGAGAACGUCUUCUCUCUGCCCGUCGACCUGCCCUUCAGCGGCUACCGGAGGGGCAUCCAGGCGCGGCACACCCUGCAGAAGGGGCUGGAGAAGGCGAUCCGCGAGAAGCUGCAGAGCACGCAGGGCAAGGACUACUCGGACGCCCUGGACAUCCUCAUCGAGAGCAGCAAAGAGCACGGCAAGGAGAUGACCAUGCAGGAGCUGAAGGACGGGACCCUGGAGCUGAUCUUCGCGGCCUACGCGACCACGGCCAGCGCCAGCACCUCCCUCAUCAUGCAGCUGCUGAAGCACCCCAACGUGCUGGAGAAGCUGCGGGAGGAGCUGCGGGCCAACGGCCUCCUGCACAACGGCUGCGUGUGCGAGGGCGCCCUGCGGCUGGACACGCUCGUCGGCCUGCGCUACCUGGACUGCGUCAUCAAGGAGGUCAUGCGGCUCUUCACGCCCAUCUCCGGCGGCUACCGCACCGUGCUGCAGACCUUCGAGCUCGACGGCUUCCAGAUCCCCAAGGGCUGGAGCGUGAUGUACAGCAUCCGGGACACCCACGACACGGCCCCGGUCUUCAAGGACGUGGACGUCUUCGACCCCGAGCGCUUCAGCCAGGCGCGCAGCGAGGACAAGGACGGCCGCUUCCACUACCUGCCCUUCGGCGGCGGCGUCCGCACCUGCCUGGGCAAGCACCUGGCCAAGCUCUUCCUGAAGGUGCUGGCGGUGGAGCUGGCCAGCACGAGCCGCUUCGAGCUGGCCAGCCGGACAUUCCCGCGGAUCACGCUGGUCCCCGUCCUGCACCCCGUGGACGGCCUCAGCGUCAAGUUCUUUGGCCUGGACUCCAACCAGAACAAGAUCCUCACCGAGACCGAGGCCAUGCUGGGGGCCACCGUCUAACGGGCCCCGGGCCCUCCCCCGCCCGCCUCAGCCCCCCCGGCCUGGGGGGGGAGCCGGUAAAGGAAGGGGGGGUAACAAGGAAACCUGUGUCAGUGGGGGGGGACCCCGAAGCAAGAGGGCCGAGGGGGAGGAGAGAGGCCCUCGUGGCUCUCCUCUCCUCCCCUUGGGCCCCGGGUCGUCCCCACACUAUGGGGCCGGGGGGCUCUGUCCCUCCCUGGGGAGCCGGGCCCGGGCCCCCCUCCGGCUCCUCUCCCCGUCCCCGGUCUCCUCCCGGCCCGGACUCCCUCCCCCGCGUGGGGGCCCGGAGGGACCGCUGGGGCCCCGCAUGCCCGCGACAGUGUUAACGUGUGGUGUUCAGUGUUUUUGGAUGUUGUUUCACAUUGUCCCCCGCCCCCCUUUUUCUUUCUGUUCUUCUCUGGGUUGGGGUGAGGAGGAGUCCGCAGAGUGCAGGAAGGAGCCGCCCACUUAGCGUGUUUCCUGCCCCCCUCCUCUUGCCAGGCCCCGGCCGCCCCCAGGCUUGGGGGUCACCCUGUGGCAAGGCCUUCUGGGGGAUGGCCGGGAGAGCCUAAGGGCAGGGAGCCCCUCACUGCCAUCCGGACGUUGGAAGUCACCUGUUGCUGCUACUCUCACUUCCCCUCCCCCCACCCCGCCAGCACGCCCCCGAAGCCCUGGGUGAGCGCCCGGCCUCCCCCUCCCCAGCCUCGAGCCAGACUCCCCUCCCCGCCCCCAGUCCCUGCCACUGAGAGCACCUGAGCUACAAGCCCCCCGCCAUCCCGCGCCCCUCUAUUUAUUAAUCAGUCCCCGGAAGCCCAGAGUUUGCAGGAGCAGAGGGUCAGCCGUGUCCUCCACUGCCCCCGGUCCCGCCGUCGCCCUCGCGCUCUCCCGAGAGGGAGGGAGGAACCCUGGUCUCCCACAUCCGGGUCCCGUCUGUCACCUUCCCUGGCUCAGAGCCUUCUUCCAGGGCUCCAGGCCCCGCUUGCUGCAGCUCGCGUGGAGUCGGGGAGGGGACCUGUGGCUCGAAGCCUUCUAACCCUCUGAGGGCCACGCUGACCCCGGACUCUUCCCCUAAGUUCCCCUCCCCCCUCCUGCCCCUCCGCCUCUGGGCGGGCGAGUAGUCACAGCGAGGGCUCGGACCACAUCCCGAGGGUGGAAGCUGAGGCGGUUUCGGAGCGUCUCCCCUUCCUGCCGCUCCCGGCCCUUCCCUCCUUCACAUUUCCUCCACGCCGCCCGCCCAUUCUCCAGAAGGAGACGGAGAGAGGGAGACAAAAGCUCCCCACCAUCCUCUGCCUUCCAGACCCUUUUAAAGUCAGAGACGGAGAGGAGCUCUGAGAAAGUCACUGAAGGGGGUUCGGGGAGGGACCACCUUGUUCAGGCCCCGCUUUUCCUCUGCAUCUGAAGAUGCUGGGCCUGGGACAAAGGUCCCCAUCCCUUCACGGUGGGUGAGGUUUGCCUGCCAGGAAGUCUCCCGUCUGAGUCCGGGGGGGAGAAGGGACGGCGGGAACGAAGGAGGGACUUGGGCUUCCUCUCCCCUCCCCAGCCCCUCCCCGCCUUUCCCUGCCAGCCCGUCCUCUCCAACGAUGGGUUCAAACCCUCGGAGUCCUGGGGCAGGGUCACCCUGAAGAACGGCCCUCUGGGUAACGUGAUGCGAAUCGGCCAUGACUUGAGGCUGCGCUCUCUGGAGCAGGGAUGGAGGAUUCUUCAAGGGGGUCGGUGGCUAGAAGCUUAGAGGGUGACUGGGCAGGUACCAGGGACCUGGUGCAGAUGCAGGGAAGAGCCAGGAAGGAAAGAGAAGGAAGAGAUCCCCAAGGCACCUAAACAGAAAGCUAGACAAAAUAGCACGGACUCCAGCUUGGCCCUUGCCUGGUGGACUGCUUUCAGUUUUAGGUCAGAAGCAUCCAUCUGUUUGGAGUUCUAUUGUCUGUCAGAUGCGUGUACACACGUGUACCUCCAUAUGUGCGUGUGUAUACACGUGUCUCUCCAUAUGUGCACUGUAUACAUGUGUAUCUCCAUAUGUGCAUGUGUAUACACAUGUAUCUCCAUAUGUGCACUGUAUACAUGUGUAUCUCCAUAUGUGCACGUGUAUGCACAUGUAUCUCCACAUGUGCACGUGUGUGUGUCUUUUAGCACUAGGUUUAGAUGGGGGCCCUUUGGGGAAUGGCAUCCUAACUAAUACGACUCGGCCGAGUUAAGUCCCCCCACACACAGUCACACACACAAGGCCACACCUGCAGUGGGUUUGCAGAAUGAAGCACUUUUGAUGUCGGGGCCAAGGUGGUGGCGCUCCCCUGCACCAUCCCAACCCUGCCCAAUUUGCUAUAAUAUUAUUUUAUACACAAAAAAACAAUUUUUUGGUUGCAGAAAUGUUAUAAUUUGUUUUUUUGUCUGUCUUUAUAAACUAUUAUAAGUACUAUUUUUGUUAUAAUUCAAAAUAGAUAUUUAGUAUAAAGGGUUUUUUUGCUGUUAAAUAUUGUUAUUUAGUAAACUAUGACCCCCCUGCCCCCCAUUAUUGUAAACGUGGUUCAAAAAUAUUAAUAUGUUUUUAUCGCGGUCGUGUUUUUUUUUUAAUAUUGAGCAAAGAGCGCACUCGUGUUUUUGCGUUUUCGUUUUCGUUUCGUUUUCGGUCAUUGUCUGUCAUGGAGCUGGUGCUGUGUGUGUGAGUAUGUUCUCCGUUGUGUGGUUUUUAAUAUGUAUAUAAUAUUUCGUGUGGCAUAUUAAAAAUGAAUGUUGUGCGAUUUGUGAUCUCAAACAUAAUCCAUGUGGCUAUUUUAUAGACUUCCAUAAUAAAAAAGAGGGGACUCUGUGUCUGAA